CCCCCCCCGCCCACCGUCCGUCCCCUCUGCCCUCGGUGCCGGUGAUGACCCUGAACACGCAGCCCGGGAACAGGAGCCCGCUGCGGCGGAGGGCCAGCACCCCCCUCCCGCGGCCGGGGGGCACUGGGGCCACCUCUCGGAGAGAGCCCUGUCACCCCCAGCUCGGCCACACCGCCUCCGAGCCGGGCGGCAGGGCCCCCCGCGGCAGCUGGUCCUCCGACUCCUCGGGCUCCUCCGGGCCCCGGGAGCCCCGGUACCGGGUGGUGCUACUGGGCGACCCCGGCGUCGGCAAGACCAGCCUGGUCAAUCUCUUCGCUGGCGUUCAGGAGCGGGACCUGCUGGAGCAGCACGGAGAGGCCGCGUACGAGCGCACGCUGACCGUGGAUGGAGAGGAGACCACGCUGCUGGUGCUAGACAUCUGGGAGCCGGAGCAGCGGGGUGAGGAGAGCCGGAGCCGCCGCCAGUGCCUGCAGGUGGGGAACGCCUACGUCAUCGUCUACUCCAUCACCGACCGGGGCAGCUUCGAGAGCGCCUCGGAGCUGCGCAUCCAGCUGCGCCGGGCGCGCCAGGCCGAGGACAUCCCCAUCAUCCUGGUGGGGAACAAAACCGACCUGGUGCGGUGCCGCGAGGUCUCCGUCGAAGAGGGCCGGGCCUGCGCCGCCGUGUUCGACUGCAAGUUCAUCGAGACGUCGGCGGCUCUGCAGCACAACGUGGACGAGCUCUUCGAGGGGGUGGUGCGGCAGAUCCGCCUGCGCCGCGGGGCAAAGGAGUCCCACCCGCACCCUGCGCCCGGCCAGAGGCACAAGGAAAGCCUCAGCAGGAGAGCCCGGCACUUCCUCGACAGGCUGGUGGCCAGGAACAGCAGCAAGGGGGCCCUCAAAGUCCGCUCCAAGUCCUGCCACGACCUGUCUGUGCUCUGAGAGCCGCCAUCCCGUCCCUCCGAACACGCCAGCUGGGACUCUCCUCUCUUCCAGCAGCGUGGCCAGUGGCUCCAUGGAGAGCCCAGACAGGACUGGAGCGAUGCUGAGGACAUGGAGCUGUUUUCACCAGUGCUGAGGGUUGCUGAGGUGCCGUGGAUCUGGAUGCUUCCUCUCCAGGAGAGGGGACAAGUGGGAUGGAGUCCAUGGAGCGGAGGGUGGGACAGGUACCUGCGCUUGGGGUGGUGGGAUUUUGGAUCCCAGCUGCUCCUGGGGAGCUGGAGGUGAGGGGUAGCCAUGCCCCAGUGCAAGGCUGGAGGCUGCCAGGAGCAUGGCAGGUCUUGCUUGUGGUGCCCGUCCUCUGCAGGCCAUAGGGUCUGACGGGAGCACCAUAGCAGUGUCCACCUUGGACAUCAUGGAGCCUGGCCGGGAAGAGGGGACAGGGGAACACCUGCAGCAUCGCCUGGCACACCAGCCCUGCUGUGCCAGGGCUUUGUGCCAUGUGUCCCUGGCACCAGUGUUUCUCGGAUGGAGGGUUUUGUGCUGUCUCUGUACUGGUGCAACGGGGAAACCCUCGAUCUGCAGAAUAAAUCACAGCAGGGAGGUGCUGGUCUCUGCUGGGUCCCUGCCCUGGGGAGCCACAUCCCAGAGCCACAUGGCAGGAUUGAAGCCCUGUUCCUUACC